AUGCCACCAGCAGGAAGCGGCAGCUCCAGGAAAAUCUCCUUCAACGUCUCGGAGCAGUACGACAUCCAAGAUGUCGUAGGAGAGGGCGCAUACGGUGUCGUAUGCUCCGCCUUGCACAAGCCCUCGGGCCAGAAGGUUGCCAUUAAGAAGAUCACACCCUUUGAUCACUCCAUGUUCUGCUUGAGAACACUGCGAGAGAUGAAGCUGCUGCGCUACUUCAACCACGAAAACAUCAUCUCCAUCCUGGACAUCCAAAAGCCCCGCAACUACGAGACUUUCACCGAGGUCUACCUAAUUCAGGAACUCAUGGAGACAGACAUGCACCGCGUUAUCCGCACACAGGAGCUGUCCGACGACCACUGCCAGUACUUCAUCUACCAGACCCUACGCGCCCUCAAGGCCAUGCACUCGGCAAAUGUCCUCCACCGCGAUCUCAAGCCCUCCAACUUGCUGCUCAACGCAAACUGCGAUCUCAAAGUCUGUGAUUUUGGUCUCGCUCGAUCCGCCGCUUCGACCGAGGACAACUCGGGUUUCAUGACCGAAUACGUUGCCACUCGUUGGUACCGUGCGCCAGAGAUUAUGCUUACCUUCAAGGAGUACACAAAAGCAAUCGACGUAUGGAGUGUGGGAUGUAUCCUCGCUGAGAUGCUCAGCGGAAAGCCUCUUUUCCCAGGAAAGGACUACCACCACCAGCUCACAUUGAUCCUCGACGUACUGGGUACGCCCACCAUGGAGGAUUACUACGGUAUCAAGUCCCGCCGAGCUCGCGAAUACAUCCGAUCUCUGCCCUUCAAGAAGAAGAUCCCCUGGAAGGCCAUGUUCCCCAAGACGAAUGAUUUGGCUCUUGACCUGCUCGAGCGAUUACUGGCUUUCAACCCAGUCAAGCGCAUCUCAGUCGAGGACGCGCUCAAGCACCCAUACCUUGAGCCCUACCACGACCCAGAUGACGAGCCAGGCGCGGACCCCAUCCCAGAGGAGUUCUUCGACUUUGACAAGAACAAGGACAACCUGACCAAGGAACAGUUGAAGCUCCUCAUCUACCAGGAGAUUAUGCGAUAA